AACACAAAACUGGCCAAGGUUACCUCUAGCUUAGGGCACGUAGGAGUGGGAGGCAACGCACUAAAGUCGCUUACUGUAUGAAACAAUUAAGAGACAAAAUAAAAUUCCAGCACGACAAUGACAGGCAGCGCCUCUGCUACAAGCCACACACCCAAAGUGCGUACCAAAACACAGGAGUCAGUUGUAGGACACGGCACACCUACCCAACUCCUCACUAGUGCUUUUUUUUCCCCUGACAGACUGGCUCGCUGUUGACAGCAAGGGAUCAGCCUUCUGAGCUCCAAUAAAAACUACCAGCACCCUCUUCUCCACUCGGAGGGCUGCCAGUGAGCCAACAGGGACUAACCUACCUCCUCGCUCAGCUGAUCAUCCUCAUUUCGCUUCUGUGAAGUACAUUUACAGCAAGAUGGCGGGGUCUGUGGCAGCGCAGAAGAACGGAAUACUGAGUCCCAACAGAGAAGAGGGGCACCUGACAGUACUGAUCAACUCGCCGCAGUCUCCAGAGCAAGACUUCCCAUUGCCACCACGUCUGACUGUUCCUUUUUGUGGUCAUAUCAAAGGAGGAAUGAAACCUGGCAAGAAGAUUAAAGUGAUGGGGAUAGUUGAUGUCAGCCCAGAAAGUUUUGACAUGAAAUUAACUUGUGGAAGAUCAGAAGAACCCCCUGCAGAUGUGGCCCUUGAAUUAAAAGUGAGAUUUCCUGAAAGGCAAGUAGUCCGGAAUGCUCAAAUCGAUGGUGUAUGGGGAGAAGAUGAGCUAGCAAUUUCUUACUUCCCUUUCAUCCCAGAUCAACCAUUUAGACCCUUUGCAGUAUCCGAAUACCAUAUCCCAUCUCAGGAAUUCAAACUACCAGCAUUUUCCAGAUCUGAUUUGGGAUGGGAGGGGUGUUUCCAGCUGGUAGUACUGCAUUUCUUCAAGCUUUUUUCCUUUGGAUCCAAAACUGAAAUUGAGAUCCUCUGUGAACACCAGCGCUUCAGAGUGUUUGUGGAUGGCCACCAACUGUUUGAUUUUUACCACCGUGUCCUAGCACUGCAAGCUAUUGAUACAAUAAAGAUAAAUGGAGAUCUUCAGCUGACAAAGCUUGGCUAAUGUACAGUGGAAGUGUCUGAAUGUCUCAGCUUUGGUUUCCAAGCACGUGAGCAGUGACCACUGCUCAUCCUACACAUCUUGAACAGCUAAGGGGUGAUCUAGACUGUUAUUUAACAUUAUGGGGAGGGGGCCAUUGUUUAUUAGAAUGGGAUUUAUAAAGCAAUGAAGGGCAACUCAUGCUGCUAAUCCACAAGCUAUACAAGAUUCAGGAACAGUUAUGAGCAGCAUGUUAAAACUCAACAGCUAUUAUUUACUUACAGAAAUGAUUUUCAAAUAUCAGUAAGUGAUAAUGCUGUUUAAAGCAGGAUUUGUCCAGUGCUGCUUCACUCUGAAAUGGACUAGCACAAGUAAUAUAAAGCAUUCUUGACAGGGUAAUUGUAAGAAAUCAGAAUUGUUAGAAUGUUUUUGCACAGCACAAUGUUAGGAUGUAAUUGAACUUUUAGCACAGUUAUUUGUAUGUUAUUUGCUCUUCCUGGUUAGUAUAUCGAGCUGUGUUAAAAUUAUGGUACUGCAGAAUAUAUAUUGAAUGUACAUAUAUCAGUUUAUUUUUGGGGGUAAGUUAUAAAAAUGUGUUUUGUAAACUAUAUACAUAUUGCUCUUUGUAAUGACUUGAAGAAGAAUAUUUUAAUCUCUUUGUAUAAUUGUAUUUUUCUGCCUCAUUGUUUCCUUUGGUCUGACCAUCAGAAUGUGAGACAUUAAUUAGUGUGGUUUUAAAAUGUCAGUUUUUUGCUGACUAAUGUAUUUGUAGCACAGCUUAAUUCUGAAGGGGCAGCAUCUUCUCACACAGAUCUGCUUUUCUAAAAUAGUAAUUCUUGGAAACAAAUAUUGCAGCCCUGAUGAAGCUGCUGUUUUAAAAAUCUGAUUUAUUUAUGAGAAUAUUAUUAAUAAUACAGUAUGUAGCACCAAAGCAAUAAUGUUAAAAAUGCAGUACAUGUUAUGAUGCUUUGAGAAAUCCUUUGACAUCUGGAGGGAUCUAUUUAACAUGGUGUUAUCUUCCUCGGAAAAAGUGUGCUUGAAAUGCUAUAUUAUGACAAAAGACUGAUCUGGUGAAGUACAGUAACCAUGCUCAGAAAUGGUGUUUCAUGGUAACAUCACCAAAACCUCUUCCAGGCUAAUUUUAUAACUGCCUUCUGUUGUCUACCCACCACUGACCUCUUUAAGCAAAGACUGCAGCCCCUCAUAAGGAUUAUGUACAUCUUUCCAUCUGCUGUGCUGUGCUGUGUCACGUAGACUUGACGUGACAGUGGAGGAUACUAAAAAUAUUAGCUUUGCUACUGUGUACUGUGACAAACACCUCUUCUGUCAUAUGCUUGCAAUAAAGUUAUCUUUGAACCAACA